AUGGAAGCCAAGGACAUUGGUGACCCUUUGAGGAUCAUCAGGUCCCUGGAAGAGAAUCAACAUGCAGCGAGUGAAAUAUUAACCAUUAACAACACUGUUUUCCGUCGCUGGAUGACUCUCGUUGCGGUGAAGACCACGGCAAAGUUGUACACCCGGAUAGGCUGCUGUUUUCGAAUCACACCAAACAAGAUCGUCAAAACCGGGCUAACCGUCCACCUGACCGAAGGGGCAACAGCCGCAUUUGUCGCCCAGAACACAUCCGUUCCGGUGCCAAAGAUCUAUUGUUGUUUCCUCCACAAGAACCGCGCUUACAUCGUGAUGGAGAGGAUUCAAGGUGAUAACCUGGCGAGGGUGUGGUCCAUGUCGUGCAAAAAGCCUGGAUUCGAACAGUUUCGCCGCAAAAUCCUUGACCAGCUGAAGGGCGUGAUACAAGAGUUGCGCUCGCUCCAACCACCUCCAGGCACUGGAGUUGAGAGUUACGCUGGCGGAUAA